CUUUUGUCUGGAAUGUUUGUUCAGUGGGAAGACAAACAAAGUUAAACAUGCUAAUUUGUCACACUGAUAUUCUUCCCAGUUCAUUUCAACAGUUUCACUUUUAUUGAAUCUACGUUUUGGAAAGUGCAGUGACUUGUGAGCUCUUGAGCAUAGCAGGAGACUUGAUCAUGUCAAACGCUGAACAAUCUCGUACUUUAUUUGGAAUUUCUCUCUCACACAGACCCACAUGGCAACAAUUCAUCAUUUGCUCCUCUGGCUUCUUCUUUGGGUAUCUUGUUAAUGGCAUCUGCGAGGAGUAUGUGUAUAACAGGCUUCAUUUUAGCUACGGUUGGUACUUCACAUUUGUUCAAGGAUUUGUAUACUUGUUUCUAAUUUACCUCCAAGGCUUCACAAGCAAGCAAAUGGUGAACCCGUGGAAAACUUAUGUGAAGCUUUCUGCUGUUCUUAUGGGUUCCCAUGGCCUAACAAAGGGAUCUUUGGCUUUUCUUAAUUACCCUGCACAACUCAUGUUCAAAUCUACAAAGAUUCUUCCAGUGAUGAUAAUGGGUGCCUUCAUACCAGGCCUAAGAAGAAAAUAUCCAUUUCAUGAAUAUGUAUCUGCUGUACUUCUUGUGAUUGGCUUGAUCCUAUUCACACUAGCAGAUGCACAAACAUCACCCAAUUUCAGUGUCAUUGGUGUUCUUAUGAUAUCUGGGGCUUUGGUCAUGGACUCCUUUUUGGGAAAUCUUCAAGAAGCAAUCUUUACAAUGAACCCUCAAACCACACAGAUGGAGAUGCUCUUCUGCUCUACCGUGGUGGGUUUGCCUUUCUUAAUCCCUCCCAUGCUUUUUACAGGAGAGUUAUUCAAAGCAUGGACUUCAUGUUCACAGCAUCUCUACGUGUAUGGAGUGUUAGUUUUUGAAGCAAUGGCCACAUUUAUUGGCCAAGUCUCUGUGCUGUCACUCAUUGCCAUUUUUGGAGCUGCCACUACAGCCAUGAUAACGACAGCAAGAAAGGCAGUGACAUUGCUACUAUCAUACAUCAUAUUUACAAAACCAUUGACAGAACAACAUGGGACUGGACUUCUACUCAUCGCUAUGGGAAUCACAUUGAAGAUAUUUCUUGACGACAAAUCCAAUAAAAAGGCUUUAACCUCUACUCCCAUUGCCAAUAUUCCAAAACCUUCUGAUGAUAAAGAACUGCGAGCACAAACAGAUUAUAUAAGAGAAGAUGAAGAAAGGAGAUCAUUGGUCUAGUAUGGGCUGAAAUUUCAUAUACAAAUUAAUUUCUAAAUUUAGAUAAUAAAAUGUGUCACGG